AGAAACGAGAGAGCGAGAGAGAGAGAGAGAGAGAAGUGGGAGGGAGGAGGAACACUGGAGACCACGGAUAGAUUUUAAAACAAACGUUAAACAACGCGAGGAAGAGCUGGAAGUUUUGGGCAUCGUUUUAACUUUAACAAUCUUAAACAGGAGCACAGAGAGUGAUGGAGUGUAGCACCAACCCGCGAGGUUCGUCUGUGAAGACAGGAGGCUGUACUGAUACCAUAUUUGAUAUACAGAGGAAACGCAAGCAGGAGGAAAACUGUAUUGCAAAAAAGGAGGAGCGCGAACAGGUAUUGAAGAGUUUGAACGAGUGCAAAGCUGAGUUGAACAAGAAGAUUAAGGAAGUGGAGGACUUAUACUUGAGCUUUGACUUCUUUCUCAAGAGGGAAGGUGCUCAUCAAGCUAUUGAGAAAGCAGAGAGGGAGAGGAAAGAGCGACUUCAGAAUGAGGCAGAGAUUAAAAGGCUGAAGGAGGAGUAUGCUGAACUGAUGGGGAGGAAACAGGAGCUAGAGCAUCAGCUGCAGGGACACGCUGUGUAUCAGGACUUCAUGGAGAGGGUCGUCAAAAUGACUAAGUUUGAAGAUGUGCAGCAGCUCACGGGUCAAUUGGAGAGUCUUCUCCACUUUAGAGACCAGCUCUAUCAGAGGGACAGUGAGGCGCAGGAGCAGGCCAACCAGCAGAGGAGAACUCUGCUGACACUGCAGGACCAGCAUCACCUGCUGCGGCUGCACAAGAACAACCAGCUGUCCCAGCUCCAGACAGAACUAGAGAAGAAAUGCUCUAAAGCUCUGACAUGGGAAAGGAAGUGGAACCACAUUCAGGAAACCGCAGCAAAGAAAACACUCCUGCUGGGACAGAUUAAGAUGGCAACUCUCAAUCUCUAUGAAAUGACAGGCGAAAAUGUAGAAGGAGAGGAAGGUGUGGAUAUGAAUGACACAGAGAAACAGCUGGACAAGGUCAAGUUGUUUAUCCAGGACCACGAUGACAUAGUGAAACAGCAUCAAACUCCCACGCAGAGACACAACAAUGGACCGAAGAGAAGAGAACAGAAAAGAGACAAACCCAAAAAGUCCACCACACCUAACUGUAAGAAAGAUUAAGCUUCCAUGCUGCUUAAAAACUGAAUUCACCAAACUACCAUUGAAUGGUGAACUUAAAAUUUGUUCACUAGUUGUUUUAAUGUAAAAGUGUGAGUUAAUGGAAAAUUUGAAGACAGUAAUCUUCAAUAAACUGUGUGAGUGCAAUCCUA